AUGGAGCCUCGGUUUUGGAAGGAUUUCUGGGCAACUAGAGCCUUGCCCCGGUGCAAAGAGACUUGUUGGCGUGCGAUUUCUGGGUACUUGCCGCUGAACGAGCGUUUGUUUCAUCGCCGUGUUGACGUUGAUCCCGGGUGCAACUUCUGUGCUUCAGCGAUGGAACAUGAGGAUCAUCUCUUUUUGCUUUGCCCAACAACGAAGAGAGUGUGGCUCGCGUCUCAGAUUGGUGUGAGGGGGGACUCUUUUUCGUCGUUCCGAGAGUUUUGGAGGGUCGUGAUUCAGCUUGGUGACGACGAGGUUGCUGCCAUGGCCCAGUCGAUUGUCUACGCUCUUUGGGAAGCACGGAAUCAUAAAUGCUUUCAGCAGCGAGAGGUGAUCACGGAUGUUGUCCUUGGACGUGCGCGUGCUCUCAUGGAGGAGGUCCAGGUUCGCGACCAAGCUAGUGCACCAGCAGUGGCUUUCCCUGCGCGUUGGAGGAGACCUGGUCCAGGUAUUAUAAAAUGCAAUUUUGAUGCAUCUUUCCUUGUUGAUGGUCCAGCUGGGAUGGGCAUGGUGGCGAGGAAUAGCGAGGGAGAAGUUAUGGCAGCAGCUUGCUCCUAUCCUCUCUCUACUAUUUCUCCCUUGCUGGCGGAGGCCCUGAGCAUGAGGUGGACUAUGCAAUUGGCUAUUGAUUUAGGAUUUCGCCGGAUCUUACUGGAAACUGAUUGUCUACAACUUUUCAAGGCUUGGAAAGCGAAGGAGGCCGGCAGAUCAUAUCUUAGUUCUAUUAUUUCAGAUUGUCGUUUAUUAGUUUCUGCGUUUGAUUAUGUUAAUCUUAGUUUUGUUAGACGUACGGGUAACACUGUUGCAGACUCUUUGGCUAGGAACGCUGCAACCUAUGCUGGUUUUGUAUGGGUUGAAGAAGUUCCUGAUGCCGCUCUUCCUUUCGUUAUUUCUGAUGUAACUCUUCUGGAGCCAAUUGGCAUUUAA